CCGGGGAGCAGGCGGCGCGUCCCGGGCCGCUGCUGAUCCGCCCGGGGCGGCGGGAACCAACGCCUGCCGAGCCCCUCCCUCCUUGCCCCGGGGCCCACGAGCGGCUCCCUGGCACCCCCUCUUCGCCUUGCAGUCCCGCCACGCCACCCCCCGCGGGCCGCAGGGGCUGAUGCAGCCGCCAAGGGAGAGGCUAGUGGUAACAGGCCGAGCUGGAUGGAUGGGUAUGGGGAGAGGGGCAGGACGAUCAGCCCUGGGAUUCUGGCCGACCCUCGCCUUCCUUCUCUGCAGCUUCCCCGCAGCCACCUCCCCGUGCAAGAUCCUCAAGUGCAACUCUGAGUUCUGGAGCGCCACGGCGGGCGGCCACUCCCCAGCCUCGGACGACGCCCCCGAGUUCUGCGCCGCCCUGCGCACCUACGCCCUGUGCACGCGGCGCACGGCCCGCACCUGCCGGGGCGACCUGGCCUACCACUCAGCGGUCCAUGGCAUAGAGGACCUCAUGAGCCAGCACAACUGCUCCAAGGAUGGCCCCACGUCGCAGCCGCGCCUGCGCACGCUCCCGCCACCGGGGGACAGCCAGGAGCGCUCCGACAGCCCCGAGAUCUGCCACUACGAGAAGAGCUUCCACAAGCACUCAGCCGCCCCCAACUACACGCACUGCGGCCUCUUUGGGGACCCGCACCUCAGGACUUUCACAGACCGCUUCCAGACCUGCAAGGUGCAGGGCGCCUGGCCACUCAUCGACAAUAAUUACCUGAACGUCCAAGUCACCAACACACCUGUGCUCCCUGGGUCCGCUGCCACGGCCACCAGCAAGCUCACCAUCAUCUUCAAAAACUUCCAGGAGUGCGUGGACCAGAAGGUGUACCAGGCCGAGAUGGACGAGCUGCCGGCCGCCUUUGCCGACGGCUCCAAGAACGGUGGGGACAAACACGGGGCCAACAGCCUCAAGAUCACGGAGAAGGUGUCGGGCCAGCACAUAGAGAUCCAGGCCAAGUACAUCGGCACCACCAUCGUGGUCCGCCAGGUGGGCCGCUACCUGACUUUUGCGGUCCGCAUGCCGGAGGAGGUGGUCAAUGCGGUGGAGGACCGGGACAGCCAGGGCCUCUACCUCUGCCUGCGGGGCUGCCCCCUCAACCAGCAGAUCGACUUCCAGGCCUUCCAUGCCCCCGAGGGCCCCGGCGCCCACAGGCCCCCAGCCGCCAGCCCCGCCCCCGCGGCCCCCGACACCUUCCCAUAUGAGACGGCCGUGGCCAAGUGCAAGGAGAGGCUGCCCGUGGAGGACCUCUACUACCAGGCCUGCGUCUUCGACCUGCUCACCACGGGGGACGUGAACUUCACGCUGGCCGCCUACUACGCCUUGGAGGACGUCAAGAUGCUCCACUCCAACAAGGACAAGCUGCACCUGUACGAGAGGACACGGGAGCCACCCAGCCGGGCGGCCACAGCGGGGCUGUCUCCAGCCCCCCGGCUCCUGCUGGGCAGCCUCCUGCUCCUCACCCUGCUCCCCGUGUUCCUGGAGGCCCGUGCCGCCUAGGACGGAGACCGAGUCGCACUGCCUGUCGCCAAGCCGGCCGGUGGCUGCGGAAGGGCUGGUGGCUCCCCGACGGCCCCUGGGUCCUGGCAGGGGCCGGAAGCGAAGGCAGCGGCUGGCCGGUGAGCUGUGGGACGGUUACCUCAGAGCUGCCUUGGGCUGUGUGCGGGCAAGGGCGGGGGCGCGGGGCGGCCCCUCCCCCUUCCUAGCGCCCCGGGCAAGGUGGUGGUGACUGACUGGUGCUGUGACGACGUCUGUGACAGUCGAGCUGUGCGAGGGGGAGAGCUGCCCCCGUCCGCCCGCCCCACAGUGUGAAUGUGCAAAACCGAGCCCCUCGGGCUGGAGCCCCCGCCCCGCCAGAGACGCCGGGAAAGGCCCCGUCAGCUCCUCCCGCCCCUGCAAUGCACUGAACGGCCCGGCCGACUGCUGCACGCGCCCGCCUGCCGUACGCGCACACGAGCACACGAGCACACUCGCACACACCAGGCCAGCAGGGCCGAGGCGCCCUCCCGGCUGGACCCCCGGCAGGGCCUCCUUUUCCCUGGGGCCUUCCGGCACCCAGACCCCUGCCUCAAGAGCCCCCGGCUGGGGACAGUGCGUGUUAGCACGUGCUCGGAGCGACGCCACUCGUGGGCUCAGAUACCCCUCUCUGGCCCUUUCCCGGCCGUCCCCCGUCCCCCGUUGUGCUUAGAAAGUUGAGUUUCUAAAUGUCUAAACAGAGAGCUACCCUUUGAUUUGAGUUCCUUCCUUGCCAGCAGAUGGCAAGCGCCCCCGGGCGGGGGCUGGGGCCGCAGGGCCGGGCAGGAGACGGGCGGACAGGGCCAGCUGGCCUGCCUCGAUCCUCCGCGUCUCCCCGCCCUGUACGCCCAGGCGGCGUGGCAUCGGGCAAGAGCAGCAGCCUCGGCAGGGUCUCCCCCGUGGGACCCCUUCCCGUAAGCCUGGGGCCACCCAGCCAGGA